AUGAAAAAUCUAUUAAGAGUAAACAACCACCUCUGGGUUUAUGCAAGCUUUGCUGGAGCUGAACCGGCAUCACUUGCUGGUACGGGUGAUAUUAGCGGAACAGAUACUUAUGGUCAGGCUGCUUCAAAUUUAGUUGCUGGUAGUAGUCUUGAGCAGACUAUUCAGCAAAUUAUGGACCUGGGUGGUGGCAGUUGGGACAGAGAUACAGUUAGUCGUGCUCUUCGAGCAGCUUACAAUAACCCAAAGCGUGCUGUAGAUUAUUUAUAUUCUAGAAUUCCUGAAGCAGCAGAAAUUGCUGUGCCAGCUGCUCCUUACCCAAUCAGUCAAACAACGGAAACAGGUGGGGUCACCGCCGGGGCUGUUUCUGGGGUCCGGAAACAAUUUCUGGUGCUGGAGCUGGAAUUGGAUCCCUUGAGCUUUAUAAGAAAUGCCAAGACAUAA